AUGAUGUUCUGGCCUCUUUCUAUCGCAUUUCUCCCUGUCCUGGCGGGCGCCUUUCUCCACGGCCAGGCACGAAACAGUACCUUUGACUAUGUGAUCAUCGGGGGAGGCACUGCGGGGAUUCCAGUAGGAACAAGGUUGGCUCAGGCGGGAUUCGAGGUCGCCAUUGUCGAGGCUGGCGGCUGGUACGAGGACUCGGAGCCAAUAAUCUCAUCCACUCCAGCCUUUGGUUUCGCAAAUAAUGCUGCUAAUGAUUGGGGUUUCAUCGUUGAGCCCCAGCCAGGGAUGGGGGGACGAGUCUUCGGUUAUCCCCGUGGGAAAUGCAUGGGAGGCUCCAGCGCACGCAAUGCGAUGAUUUACCAGAGAGCCCCUGUCGGCGCAUUUCAGAGAUGGGCCGAUGAGGUCGGGGACCAAAGCUACGCGUGGUCUAAAUUCGAACGGUAUUUCAAGAAAGGCACGAACUUCACAGCCCCGGAUCCCAAUCACCGAGCUGCCAAUGCGACCCCCGGAUAUCAUCCAGGCGCGUUCUCGCCCGACGGCGGUCCGCUGACUGUGACGUACGCCAACUGGGCGUCGCCGAUCUCCAGCUGGAUCCAGCGGGCUAUGAAGGCCGUGGGGAUUGACGAUGCCGGCGACUUCAACAGUGGUCAGAUCAUCGGUUCACAGUAUUUUGCGCUCACAACCAUCCCCGAGACGCAGGAGCGGGCGUCUUCUGAAAACACAUAUCUGAAGGAGUUCCAGGAUCUCCCCAAACUAACCGUCUAUACAGAAACAUUGGCGAAGCGAAUCCUCUUCGACGACAGCAAGACUGCCACGGGAGUUGUGGUAGAGAUGGCUGGCGUGGAGCAUACGCUCGCCGUCGACAAGGAGGUUAUUCUAUCGGCUGGAGCCUUCCAGUCCCCUCAACUGCUGAUGGUCUCGGGCGUCGGUCCGGCAAAUACUCUGGAUAGCCUUGAUAUUCCCAUCAUUCAUGAUAGUCCUUACGUGGGACAGAACCUGGUCGACCACGUAUGGUUUGGGGUAUCGUACCCUGUCGACGUCCCCACAUGGACCAAAUGGGCUAACGAUGCGUUCUACAUGCUUCGGCUCUACGUCGGUGAUUAUCACCAGCAUCGUCAGGGGCCCUUGACUGCGAACGCGGGCGACUUUGGUGCCUUUGAAAAGGUCCCCGAUCAUCUCCGUGACGCAUUUACGCCGGAAACCCUUCAGGACCUGGCAGAGUUCCCGGAAGAUUGGCCGGAAGUGGAGUAUAUUGUAUCUCCAAUGUACCUGGGCAACUUCAACGAUCCUAUGGGCCGUCAGCCCAAAGACAGCAAGCAGUAUGCGUCCAUCAACGCAGCCCUUGUCGCCCCCGUAUCUCUGGGCAACGUCACUCUCCGGUCCGCCGACACCCACGAUCCGCCCGUCAUCCACACGAACACGCUGGGGUCUCCUACCGACCAGCAGGUUGCCAUUGCUGCCUUCAAGCGUCUGCGAGAGAUCUUCGAGUCUCCGGAGUUGGUGCCUGUUCGCCUCGGAGACGAAUAUUACCCGGGCAAAAUUUCGGUUCGGUCCGAUGCGGAGAUCUUGCACUUCAUUCAGCAAGAUGGCCUGGCUUUCUACCACGCCGGGUCUUCGUGUGCGAUGGGCAAUCCUGAUGCGGUUAAGAACAAAGCUGUUGUAGACAGCCAGGCAAGGGUGAUUGGCGUCAAUGGCGUAAGAGUUGUGGAUGCUGCUGCUCUCCCAUUCCUCCCUCCCAGUCAUAUUCAAAGCGCAAUCUAUGCGCUGGCUGAAAAGAUUGCCGAGGAGAUCAUCAACAAAGAAUUGGAUGGACCUACGCGGGUCGAAUUGUAA